GAAAAGAAAAGCCUUGUUUAGAGCAAACAUUUGAUAAGGUUUUGUACCAAGGUCCACUUUCCCUAAUAAAACUGGAGGAAAAUAUAAGAAACCCCACCCACCUGUGCACACUCCAGGUUGAUCAACUGAACCUGAGUGUGUUAUGUAGAACGGGAAGGAGGAGGAGGAAGAAGAGGAGAAGAACAGAGAAGGAUCAAUAGAUGGGUCACCACUGCUGCACCAAACAGAAGGUGAAGAGAGGGUUGUGGUCUCCCGAAGAAGACGAGAAGCUCGUGCGCUUCAUCACCACUCAUGGCCACGGCAGCUGGAGUUCUGUCCCUAAACUAGCAGGGUUGCAGAGAUGUGGGAAGAGCUGCAGAUUGAGGUGGAUAAACUACCUGAGGCCUGACCUGAAAAGGGGUUCGUUCUCUGCCCAAGAAGAGAGGACCAUCAUCGACGUGCACCGAAUUCUUGGCAACAGGUGGUCUCAGAUAGCCAAGCACUUGCCCGGUAGGACCGACAAUGAGGUCAAGAACUUUUGGAACUCCUGCAUCAAGAAGAAGCUCCUCGCUCAGGGCCUUGACCCCAACACCCACAACCUCCUCUCCACCACCUCGUCUCUCAAAAACAGCAGUGGAGGCAAUGUCAAUUCCUCCAACAAUAGUGCCGCUCUAUUUCAGAAGGCCAACUCAUCAUCCAUUUUCCACAUGAGCACCGACACAAGUACUAGCAAUUGUUCCAUGGAUGUGAAGAUACCCUUUGUCACAUUGCCUUCUGUUCCUUGUCCUGAUCAGGCCAUUACUCCUACUGGUACUGGUCUUUUUCCCCCAAUAUUGCAUGCAACUUCUUCAACAAGCUCAAACAUAGUGUCGUUUGAAUACCACCAACAAAACCCUAGUGCUGCUUCUCCACAUGGAUUGGUGGACUUAGCAGCCGCGGGCAGGUCAUCAUCGUCUUUCUCUUCUCUGUUGAACUCAUUGUCGACUGGGUUAUUGGGAAAUGUGGAGGAGAGUUACCUCUGGGAUUGUGGCCUCGAGGAAAAUGCUGUAUUGGCAGGGCCUAGGCACGAAGACACCUCGCAAGAGCAGAUGCAGCAGCAGCCUCCUGGACUCAAUCCAGACGAUGAGAAAAAUGGGAAAUUAGGGGUGGAAAGCGACAACUGCGAUUUCAUGAGCACCGCUGCGAUGGAUUCUAGCUUUGAUUUUGAUUUCGUGGACCGAUCGUCAACAGGAGUGGCUGCAGGUGGAAUGUAUUAUAAUUUGAGCCCCAUAGACCAACUAGCGUGGAAUUGCUAGGGGUCACUUUAAACUCUUGUAUAUUUUGUUUGGAUUACAUACAUUCUUUCUAGAAUUUGAUAUAUUGAGAUAUUGUUCAGCUCA